AUGACGUAUUUGUUUGUCUGUGCAAUCUCAUUUUUGCUAUAUGUCCACAAGAAGAGGAAUAACCAGCAAGAAACUGGUUUUGAUACCAAAUGUUGGAAAAAGCCAAAGCAAGUUACGGCUCAAGUUUUAGAUAUAUUUGGAAAGAUAUGGCAUGGCUAUGAAGUUUUUGGCAUGGAACAUCUCCCUAAAGGACCAGUGCUUAUUAUCUAUUAUCACCCAGUUUGUACUAUUGACUAUUUCUUGCUUGUCGCUAGACUUUUCAAGGAGACAGGGAGAGAGUGCUUUAUAAUAAUUGAUCGUGCCAUAUAUCGGUUUCCAGGGUGGAAGUUGGCUUUAGAUGCAGCCGGGUUGAAUGAUUUCAAUAAAGCUGAAUCUGUGGAAAUUUUGAAGAAAGGCCAUUCACUGGGCAUUUCCCCUGGCGGAGGUAGAGAAGGAAACUUCAGUAAUGACUACAACAUAAUGUGGGGUAACCGCACAGGUUUUGCUUGGGUAGCUUUGGAGGCAAAAGUGCCCAUCAUCCCUAUAUUUACACAAAACAUUUGUGAAGCAUACAGGAACAUUAGAAACACAAUUGAGUACCUUGGUUGA